UACGUGAGGGGAAAGAGUUAAUCUACCGCGGUAUUUGUUGGGAAUCUAACCUAAAAAUAUCAUUGACUAACUCUACUGAUGGGAAAUGUGUCCAGGAAGGCAAGGGGUGUAUGCACAUGGAUCCUUGGGGUAAAUUUCUUCUAUUGUGAUAUUCAUUGUUUCUCCAUUGGACACUCCGUAGGUAUUGUGAUCCAUUUUCUUUUUUUAAGAAAUUCCAGACCGGAUGCAAAUUACUUCGGUUUUGCCUGUCAGAGAUGGAUGUACUCCGGGAGUAUGCAUCAGGUUACCCAUACCGGAUGCAGUAAGAGUCCGGUAACGCUUUAGCCACAUUAGGCAGCCACAUUUAUCUGCCAUACUGUGUAGUAGUACUAGUAGUACUACGGAGUACUACUCCGUCGAACAUCAAACCUCAUUC